CGAUCAAGUCUGUCUGAAAGCUACGGUGCCCCAGUUCGUUCACUAUCAACUCAAUAUGGUGCACCAAACUCAAGAAACUUUGAAUCUUAUGCCAGCCCAAAAUCUUCCUAUUUGCCAAGCCAAUUUGAUUCUUAUAGUGCUCGGAAUAAUGCCUUAUCUGCUCAAUACGGUUUACCCGAUAAAAGUACGAAUGCAGUUAUUUCGUCUUAUGCUUCUGUAAGGUCAAACCCAUCAGAGAAGUAUGGCCCAUCAGCUUCUAAAAUGCCAUCAGAGGAGUACGGUGCACCAGAUGUAUAUAACUCUCAGUCCAGCCUUGGUUACAACUAUGCUCGGAAUGCCUUAGACGAACUGCGAAAUCAGGAGCCAGCUUACUACGACUUCGAUUAUAAAGUAAACGACAUUGUAUCUGGCAGUGACUUUGGUCACAAGGAAACAAGGCAAGAGAAUAAAGCUGAAGGAUCGUAUUUCGUGGUUCUUCCCGAUGGCACUAAACAGGUGGUGGAGUAUGAAGCCGAUGAAAGAGGAUUUAAGCCGAGAAUCUCCGUGGAGCCGGCUGGCUUCCAAGGUUACGAUGACAACGCUUCCGACCUGGCGAGAUCUGGACCUUAUUAACUUAAAAUAUUGACAAUAAUUGCUUAAGAAACGACAUAAUAUUAUUACGACUUAAUCAUCAAGUAUCUAGGCCAAUGCAAAGAAUUGU